GUGCGAAGGCGAAAAUUCUGUCCACCGUUUUUCGUUUGUAGUUUGAGUUGACUUUUCGUGCGUCGUUCCUGCGCUGCCAGCAAGAUGUUGUGGAAAUCGCUGAUUGCAUUGUGUUUCAUUGGAGCAGCCUUGGCCGAGCAAACGCCCGUCUUCCUAUGGGGUGCCAACAGUGAGGCGAAGCCUUCGUUGAAGACUGUGCCCCAGGCGGAGUUUGCUGACCAGUUGGCAGCGCUGCUGAAAGAUCACAUGGUUGUGGCCUUCGAGGAAAAUGGCCUGAGCACCAAGGACUUCCUGUGCUCAAAUUCCCAGUCGCAGUCCUGCUACGCCCAGCUGCAGGGCGUGAGUCCCAAGACGUAUUACACCAGCGUGGAGAAUCCGUCGGAGGCCCUACGCUCGGUGGCCGCCAAGCGGGAGCACAACAGCAUCGAUGCCAGUGGUCGGUUUGCGAGCCCGGCCAAGUGUUCCGUGGGCACCGCUCUGUUCGUCAGCUUCGAGGAUGACGAAGAUACCCGCGAGGCUGUCCUGGAGUCACAUGACUCUGCCAUUGCCGCUAUCAGCAAGCAGUUUGAGUGCAAGGUAGCUUAUCUGUACCUGGCCGCACCUUCCACCGCCCCUGUGGUGCACCGUCGCACGCGCCGUGACACGGCCGCCACCACCGGAGGCACCAUGUGGGUUUCGGGCAAUCAGUUUCGAAUGUUCUACACCAGCGUGUCGUACAACGGGGUCCCCUUCUCGGUCAACUCUAUCAGCAUCGUCAACGGAACUACUCCCGCUACUCAGUUCUCCGUUAAACUGGCCACUGCCGAUGCGGACAAGUCACUCACGUUCGAUGUUGUUUAUAGCGAUGGCGGCUACUUUAGCCUGACCAACGUGGCCUACGCCGGACAGACCUUCCGCAGCACUGGCAUCAUCAAUGCACCCACCACUUUCUCCUACGCCUGCGGAAACCUCACCCUGGAGACGGCUGCCGUUAAUGGACUGUACAACAGCCUGAGCUUUAACUCGCUGCAAAUUCAGGCUCCGUUCAGCAGCAUCUACAAGGAAGGCUUCGUCUUUGGCGACUCCUGGGACUGUGUGGGCUUCGUCUCGCCUGCAAUUCUGAUGGGUCUGAUGGUAGUUGUCAUUUUGCUGGUCAUCAUAUUCAUUGGCAUCUGCUGGAUGAUGGACAUCAACACGAUGGAUCGCUUCGACGACCCCAAGGGCAAGACAAUUACGAUCAAUGCCGGAGCUGAGUAAAUGGCAAUUAUUUGUCAUAGUUUCACUCGCCAUUUCUUUGUUCAAUCAACGAUAUUCAUUCCUUUCCUCCUUCAGUCUGUCCAUAUAUGGAUAUUUACGAAUCAAUACUUAAUACCGUAACCAUACAAUCAUAUAAUCAGGAAAUUAGCAAUCGCAAUUUAUGUCGUAUUCAUAAUUUUCUCCGGCAAAGAUCAGCCUGCGUUCAGCAUCAAUACCAACCGCGGCUGGCCUUUGCCGUCGAAAAUUGUCUGGGAUGAAGAGUCCCGAGAGAGUUUUGCUUGCAACGACUGUGCAACCAGUAUUUCGUUUAGUGUAGCCCAUAGAUCGAAACCAACUACGACCCCACCCCCCAUGUGUGUGUGCCCCAAGGGAGUACGAGUGUGUGUGUGAUUGCCACAAGUCGGUAAAUCUAAACUUGAAUAUAUCUAAGUGUUUUAUAGUUACUUGUUUCUUGCGCAAAUACGGGAGUGAACAUAAUUUAUGCCUCUGUAUGAUAGUUUAUCAUUUGUGUAACGCUCCUCCUGUUCGCAGGCCCAGCGAAAAUAAAGUUUUUUUUUCAAUUGUGUUACAAA